UGGACCACCUCUCCGAGCUGUUCGUAGAGGGGUGGUGUAUUUUUUAUGUUGUUUAUUUAUUUAAUUUCACUGUUUUUGAAACGAUUUGAUGUUCGUUUAGGUGGUUUAUGUCUCAACCAAAUAUGUGGCUGACGCAAUUCCGCCGUACUUCGCUUUCCUGACAUUGUGUUUGGGUAAUAUACGGGGGUAGCAGAAGCCAUCGAAAAGUUUCCCCUUUGUACUGUACAAGAUAGAGCGAUAUGUGGAUAGUCGUAAAGUAAUGUGCUACGGACUGUGAGAAGGAAGAGGAUCUAAGACACGCGGCUAACUGUUCUGCUGGUUAGCCCAUUCGCUAACGUUACUUAUCAACUGCCUUGAGUGUUUGCCUUGUAUAUGGAUCCCUGCCACCUGAAAAGGACAAGCCACUGGGCUGCAAAUGAAGCAUGAAGCCGUGUCUACGGUGUGUGGUUGUUUUCUGGACCUCCGUGGUUUAAGUAAAAUUCCGAUCGGUCACUCCAAGGAACCCCGAGUCAAGACUGGUCUUUCAAGGCAAGAGCAAGACUGUUUGGAUAAUUUUGGUGAAAACGUGUUCGGAGCUGAGAUCUUGCGCAGUAUAGGCUAUUGACAGCCAGCGGAAGACAAAUAUUCCCAGUCGUGAGCCCAACACAGGCUACAAGGAUAUUUGGAAUAUUGGGAAUAUCGCAGCUCUAGUUCUACUCCGUGCAGUUGUGGUAGACUUCUACGGUGAUCUCUUUGCUGUACUGAUUCCGAGACUCCCUCCAUCCAUCCCUUCAUCUCUCUCCACCUCUGCAUCUCCCGGCUAGCUGACGCCCCUGCCGUGCAAGUACCAAGGCUAGUGCAGGCCCACCACAAAGGCGCCUGUGCUCCGGGACUUGGGUCGCACCGCGUCGGUUGCCAAAGACCUCACCAACCCCCCUACCUCCCCCCUCCCCCCUCCACCACUCAGGCCCUCUGAUGGAUCUCCAGUCUGCUCGCCUGCUGCUGGGGACUGUGCUGCUCGCCCUGACCGUGUCGUUGAGCCCAGGCCUGGCUGAGAAGGUCUACACCAACACCUGGGCUGUCCACAUCAACGGUGGGGAGCCAGAGGCCAACCGCAUCGCCGAGAAGCACGGCUUUGUCAACCUUGGACAUGUGUUUGGUGAUAUUUACCACUUCCGUCACCACAGAGUGGUCAAGAGGUCGCUGUCCGAUCACCGCGGUCACCAUGUCCAACUUACGAGCGAGGCUCAGGUGACGUGGGCGGAACAACAGGUGCUGAAGCGGCGGGUGAAGAGGGACAUCUACUCGGAUCCGUCGGACCCCAAGUUUGGCCAGCAGUGGUACCUGUACAAUCCGAACCAUCAUGACCUGAAUGCAAAAGGUGCCUGGGAGCAAGGCUUCACGGGGAAAGGGGUCGUCAUCUCCAUCCUUGACGACGGCAUUGAGAAGAACCACCCCGACCUCAUCCAGAACUAUGAUUCUGAUGCCAGUUAUGAUGUGAACGACGGAGACUCGGACCCCCAGCCACGAUACACACAGCUCAACGACAACAGACAUGGGACCCGUUGUGCUGGAGAGGUUGCUGCAGUGGCCAAUAACGGCAUUUGUGGAGUAGGGGUGGCCUAUAACGCCCGCAUCGGAGGCGUGCGUAUGCUGGACGGCGAGGUGACCGACAUGGUGGAGGCCCACUCUCUGAGUCUCAACCCGCAGCACAUCGACAUCUACAGCGCCAGCUGGGGGCCCGAGGACGACGGCAAGACGGUGGACGGCCCCGCCAAGCAAGCCAAGGAUGCCUUCCUGCGCGGCGUCAACGAGGGUCGCGGCGGUCGCGGCUCCAUCUUCGUGUGGGCGUCGGGUAACGGCGGCCGGGAGAAGGACAGCUGCAACUGCGACGGCUACACCAACAGCAUCUACACGCUGUCCAUCAGCAGCAGCACCCAGUACGGCAACGUGCCCUGGUACAGCGAGGCCUGCUCGUCCACCCUGGCCACCACCUACAGCAGCGGCAACAUCAACGAGAAGCAGAUCGUGACCACUGACCUGAGACAGAAGUGCACGGACUCUCACACGGGCACGUCGGCCUCUGCCCCUCUCGCCGCUGGCAUCAUCGCCCUCGCACUGGAGGCCAAUCAAAACCUGACCUGGAGGGACAUGCAGCACCUGGUGGUGCGCACCUCUCGGCCCGCCCACCUCACCACCGACGACUGGAAGACCAAUGGCAUCGGCCGCAAAGUGAGCCACUCCUAUGGCUACGGUCUCCUGGACGCCGGGGCGAUGGUUACCAUGGCGCAGAACUGGACCAGCGUGGGCCCCCAGAGGAAGUGUGUCAUCUCCAUGGUGGCGGAGCCAAAGAACAUUGGCAGCCAUCUCGUGGUCACUAAGAACGUGGAGGCGUGUUUGGGGCAGGCCAACUUCGUCAGCUCUCUGGAACACGUCCAGGCCCAGCUCACGCUGUCCUACAACCGCAGGGGCAACCUGGCCAUCUACCUGAUCAGCCCCAUGGGCACCCGCUCCACACUGCUGGCCCCCAGACCCCAUGACUACUCGUCGGAGGGCUUUAACGACUGGGCCUUCAUGACCACCCACUCCUGGGACGAGAAUCCCCGCGGGGAGUGGACGCUGGAGAUCCGGAAUGUGGCUGGGGCCAGCGACUACGGCACUCUGACCCACUUCUUGCUUGUCCUGUACGGCACGGGCACCGACACAGUGGACACGUCCGGACCUGAUGUGAGUCAGGCCACCAAAGGCAGCUGCAAGACCUUUGACCUCAACCAGAACUGCAUCGAGUGUAGUCCUGGUUUCCUGCUGUUCCAGCAGGACUGCGUCCACGCUUGUCCCCCCGGCUACACGGCCGGGCCAGAGCCGCUGAAGUACACGCAGGGCAACUGGCUGAUCCCGCCGUCCGUCCAGACCUGCCAGCCCUGCGCCGCGCCCUGCCUGACCUGCGCCGGACUCACCCCGCGCGACUGCCUCUCCUGCCCGCCCCACAACCACCUGGACCCGGUCACCGGCACCUGCCUCCACCAGAACCAGAUCGAGCGCGAGUCCCCCGACACCAUGGGCGUGGGGGCGGCGGCCCUGCAGGCGUCCUCCGCCGACGGUGGCGACGCCGGCCUCGGGUCGAAGCAAGGACCCCUGGGGUCGCCCUCGCGGAUGCCCGUCACGGUGGCCGUCCUGAGCUGCGCCUUCAUCGUGGCGGCGUUCGUGGCCGUGUUCGCGGCGCUGCAGCUGCGCUCGAGCCACGCGGCGCCCAAGCGGCUGCUGCUGGCCGAGACGGGCGCGGGCCUCCGCGAGGGCCUGAAGGAGGGCUUCCGCCAGGCGGGCCUGGGCCUGGGGCUGGGCAUCGGCUCCGGCCGCGAGAUCUCCUACAAGGGCAUCCCCAGCGUGUGGCGCGAUGACGGCUCCGAUUCUGAGGUGGACGAGUUCGACGUCCACAAUGAGAGGACUGCCUUUAUCAAAACACAAAGUGCUCUUUAACAGCCCCCUUCUCCCCACCCUCACCCUCCCCUCCUACUCUGGCUGCCCCCCCCCCACUCUGCCCCCCCCCCCCCCCCCUCCUCUUCAAUCCCAAGUUUCCAUUUUCCCUCAUCCUGAGCAGUCCAGAUUUGCAGUCCAGGACCCCGCUCCCCCCCCCCCCAAUUAAUUAUCUUUUAAGGAAUUCUCUCUCUGUUUCCAGUAUUUUUUUUUUGCCACAUUUUCAAUUUUGCUCUUUCCCUCCUUCCGGGGUUGUUUGGGAUUUCCUUCUCUGUCUUCUUGACAUUUUCCUCUCUCCGGAGUGUCCACCUCGCCUGUCUUAGGGGAUUUUGCAGGGUGACGCUCGUGAAAGGCCUGUCACCGCGUGUACACGCUCACGGCUUGAAUGUGACUUGAGAUUACAAAUCAAAAUUCUCUCGGCUCGCCCUCCGAGCCGGGGAGAAAAAAAAAGAUUAUUUUUUCUAAUGUUAUAAUAAAUCAUGCUUGUGAUUCCUCAUGUUUUUUUACACCCCUUUAUUCGCAUCGUGUCUCUCCAGCCGCCCCUUUACAUAUCGAGGUUGCCCGAUGAGAUUGUCAGUCGUAGGCGUGCAAAGUCAGGCUUGUGUGUGUGUGUGUGUGUGUCUGUGUGUUUGUGUGCGUUUGUGCGCGUAUGCCGUC